CCUCACGCGAAGUGGAAAGGUUUAAUUAAGAAUGCAAAGUUCAAGUAGAAUUCCGCGACGAGUUGGCGGUGAUCGAGACAGUGAAUCAUCGAAUACGGAAGCAGAAAACGAUGGAAAGGGAAGGGAACGGAAAAUAUCUCUAACGGAUCAGGGGAAAGCAGCGAAGCUACUGAGGCAGAGGUUAGCCUUCGCGUUGGCGACCAACACAAAACUGAAAUCGGAUUCUAGUAAUAGCGAAUCUGAUCAAGAAAUAUCUGGUAAAGAUUUGAAAACGAGAAGGGAAAGAAAGACGGCUUUCAUACCGCGAAAAAACUCGCAAGGUCCUCAACAAACCGCGAUAAAACCGCCACGACCACCACUAACAGAUGGCGGCGGUAUUCCAUCCAAUGUCGUCAAAAGUCAAAAUUAUUCAGCGAUGAAUUUCUCCCUGAGAAGUGGCGUUCCAUUUGAAAACAAUGCUCAAGUGAAAACUUCGAUAACGAAUUUACCAUUUCCAAGUCGAAAAGAAAGAGAGGGGAUUUCAUCUUCGGCAAAUGAUAAAGUUGUUUCCGAGGAUGUAAUUGAUACGAGACGGUCACGAGUUCCGCCUAGCCACGACGACUCACCACGGAACAGUCACGGAAAAGCCACGAAAAAGUCCGAAGACAGUACCUCUUCAACCCAUUACAGUCUCGAUGUCAUCUACGUUAUAGAGAGUGAAUUAGUCAAACUGAAGGAAGACAUGCAUCAAACGACGGAAUAUUUCCAAGAAAUGAACGUGUCAACUCUUCAAGUGAAAAAGAAACUUGAAGAAUUAAGGGAACUAAGAACCAAUUCUGUGAUCUAGCAGUUUUCAAUUCUAACCCUAGAUGACCUGUAGCAAAUAUCUUAUUCCGAACGUUAUUCAGAUGGGGAGAUGAGAAAUAUUAGGAGUAUCUUAAAUUGCUACCACUUCCUUGCUAUGAUAAGUGUGAGCCUACAAUUUAUGACAGCUUUAAAAUGAAUUUACAUCCUAUACUAAGAUGCAUUAAUUUGUAUAUAACUUAUUAUUUAUUUUUACCACGCUGUACAACUCAGAAACUUUAUUCCGCGCUCCCCGACGGUUACACACACAGAAUAAUGUAUCAAACUAACGUGUAAACUUGAGCGAAAAAGCAAUGGUCUGAGUAAAAAAAGAAAAAGAGUUUUGUCCAAUCACUAGAUUAAUUAACAAUUCCUGUGAUUUAGAACGCAAUUCACACAACAACCGUCAAAUAAAUUCGUUAUUGCAACACUUAACUCCGUUUACAACAGCAUAG